CACAGUGCCCGCGGAGGCGCCGAGCCGUCUCGGCGCCGCCGUGGCCUUUCUCCGCGGCCGACUCUCUUUUACUUGGGUGCGUAUGCACCCAGAGGUGGGCGUGUCUUCGUUCAGUUCGCCUGUGUUUUCCUCUUGAGGUCACCAUACCCGUAGGAGACCCAGUUUCUCGUUUUGGCUGCCCAGGCUAUAAAAUCGGAAUUCGACUUAACCUGUUGAUUAUCACAGUGCCUCUGUUCGAAUUUUCAACAAGAGAAUAUAUGGAUGGAGUCCCAAAAUUUGUGCGCAUUUAGUUAGCGGAUAUAAUCAACAAACAACAAAAUGCCACUGUUUGGAAAAUCGCAGAAGAGCCCUGCAGAGGUUGUGAAAUCAUUGAAAGAGGCUGUGACCGCGUUAGAGAGAGGCGACAAAAAGGCUGAGAAGGCACAAGAAGAUGUGAGUAAAAACCUAGUGCUCAUAAAAAACAUGCUUUACGGCACCUCAGACACGGAGCCUCAAACCGACAUCGUGGUCGCACAGCUCGCGCAGGAGCUCUACAACAGCAAUCUGCUGCUGAUGCUAAUCCAGAAUUUAGCUCGGAUCGAUUUUGAGGGCAAAAAAGAUGUGGCCCAGGUGUUCAACAACAUUCUGCGGCGCCAGAUUGGCACGCGCUCGCCAACGGUCGAGUACAUUUGCACCAAGCCAGAAAUCUUGUUCACGCUGAUGCGCGGCUACGAGCACCAGGACAUCGCGCUCAACUGCGGCACCAUGCUAAGGGAGUGCGCCCGCUACGAGGCCCUGGCCAAAAUCAUGCUCUACUCAGACGAUUUUUACAACUUCUUCAACUACGUCGAGGUGUCCACGUUUGAUAUUGCCUCUGAUGCCUUCUCCACCUUCAAGGAGCUGCUGACCAGACACAAAAUUUUGGGAGCCGAGUUCCUGGAAGCAAACUACGACAAAGUGUUUGGUCACUAUCAGAGGCUGCUCAAUUCAGAAAACUAUGUCACCAGACGCCAGUCGCUUAAACUUUUAGGAGAACUCCUCUUAGACCGACAUAAUUUUUCUGUUAUGACGCGGUAUAUAUCAAAUCCAGAUAAUCUCAAGCUUAUGAUGAAUAUGCUGAGAGAAAAGUCAAGAAAUAUUCAGUUUGAAGCCUUCCACGUUUUUAAGGUAUUUGUGGCAAACCCCAACAAGCCAAAGCCGAUCCUGGACAUUUUGCUGCGCAACCAGGACAAGUUGGUCGAGUUCUUGACGAGGUUCCACACAGACCGUUCAGAGGAUGAACAGUUCAACGACGAGAAGGCCUACCUCAUCCGGCAAAUCCAAGAGCUGCGCGCCGUGCCCGACCACUAGCACUGGAGGCCGUCUUAUUUGGUUACCACUCCACGCCUCCCAGCCUUGGAUAAGAGUCUGCUAAUUAUCACGACUAAUUCCAAGUAAUUUAAAAAGAAUCAGCACGCUCUAAACCCUAUCACCCGUUCAAGAACAGAAAACCCGAUACGCAAUAUUAUCUUACAGUUAGGCUUCCUGCAAGACAGCAGUUUCAUUAACAACAAUUGUAGUUGUAAGAGUCAAUUAAAAGACAGUUAGUGACGUCCGGACUCGAUGGAGAAAGUAGCGCGAUUUUUUUAUAAUUCGUUUUGCGUACAAUAUCUUCCGAAAUGUGUAGUGCUUGAAAACCUGGGUUCAAUUGGUAUAAUUAUUAUUUACUAUUUAUAAUGUUGUUGCGUAGUUUUAGUUGCGUAUAUUGCUGGAGUGUCAACACUUCAAAAUCUUCCGAUACGAGCUAAGCUGGAUGCACAUCAGCAACGACUUCUGUUCGGUGGGUUCAGAUGCCAAUUUACUCUGAAGCACAAGUUUACAUGAUUACAGGGAUUCAAUUAUUCAUCAAUUAGAACUUUGAUUGGGCUCGUGAUUUGCAUCCUUCUGGCUAACGAUUUUCGUAUGGAUAUAAACGAAAUUUUAAAUCAACUACAAAAGAGAACCCCCUGCAAAAUUGCUCAAACGAGGUACCCUCCAAUAGCACCAAAUUUCUCUCGAACCCUCUCAACUUAUCGAUAAAUAAUAACACUACACUUAUCUUCAAUCCAGACUCUUACCAAGUAUUCUAAACGUACGUCGAGAAUUACUUACUGUCAUGAUAUGAAGUAGAUCAGCUGUACUAAGCAUUAAGUGGUAGUCGUUAAUUAUCAAAAUUACCGCAGGUGAAAAUAAAUCGGAUCUUUGUUUCGUUUUCUAGAAGUCGAAAUACAAAGGAAACCAGAGAAAGAGUAAACAAUGCACUCCAUUUUUGUAUAGUUCAACAUGAUGGAAUGAUGUAUAUUAUUUUUUUAAGCCGCUAAUAUUGUGCAUCUGAAUGACGCUUAAAACAUUUUUAUUUACGGCCCCGAAAAGAAAUUUCAUUAGAGGAAAUAUGGUGCCUAUUGCUGCUUCUGAGACUUGAUUUCUGAAAGAGCGAUAGAACUAACGAGUAAAUAGCAAAUCGAUCGGGCUCAAUAGCAAACCUACCAGAUAAUUUGGUGCUUGGCACUGUUUUCAGAAAGGCAAGUGUUAUACCUGAGCUGAAUAAUGAUUGGAAUAUUGUCGAAACCCCGAUUUGCUUUUAUAGUGUAUUUUGUAUGAGGUUGAAAAGCUGACUAGUGAAGGUUUUUUUUAAUUGUUGCUUUCUCUCCACUUGUAUGGACUAAAUUAAUUGUGUCUAAGAAAUUGUACUGCGCUCACUUCUGUUAGCAACCGUAUCAUAGCUAUCUUCCAAGGCUACUCUUUUGUAAAUUAUUCAUUGGGGUCGGUAUUACAGAAGAAUAAUUAGCGCUCCAGACUAAUCUUUACUAUUACAACAAAGACAGAUGUACAUUUAAUUUCAAAUCGAUGUUUGCAAGACCAAAUGAUUUCAACAGUUAAAGAAAUUUCAAAUGUUAUGAGAACAUGAUGCUGGUGAUACUAUUUUCUUGAGGAAAAUCUUUAUACUUAAUUAAUAUGAUGGUAAAAUGAAAUGCAACAACCUAAAAUUCCGCGAUGAAUGUCAAAACGUUGUUAUCAUUAUUUUAGCCUCCACCGUUUUUAAAGUAAACAAAGAAAAUAUGCCGUGUGCUCUGUAGGGACGCACGUUAAGCACUUUGUAUGUCUAAAUUUUAAUUCCACGUAAAUAUUUUCUGUUAGUCGUCAAUUUCUUUUGAAUUAAUUUUAUCAUUAAAUUGUUGUUAAAGCAUCAAUUAUCAAUUGCUAUAUUAUUGUAAAUAUUCAGGAAAUAAAAGAAAAUGCGGAAAGCUGUGGAGAGUAA